AUGAUUAAGGCCGUCCUCAUAUCCAACAACCACGGCAAGCGGCUCUCCAAGUUCUACCAGCCCUACGUAUUUGUGGAAACACUGAACAAGUGUUUUGAAAAUGUUUGUGAAUUGGAUUUAAUUUUCCAUGUAGAUAAGGUUCACAAUAUCCUUGCAGAAAUGGUGAUGGGAGGAAUGGUUUUGGAGACCAACAUGAAUGAAAUUGUCACACAAAUUAAUGCACAAAACAAACUGGAGAAAUAUGAGGCUGGCUUAGCAGGAGCUCCAGUCCGUGCUGUAUCAGCUGUAAAGAAAAUGAAUCUUCCUGAGAUCCCAAGAAAUAUUAACAUUGGUGACAUCAGUAUAAAAGUGCCAAACCUGCCCUCUUUUAAACAAACAAUUAAAAAGGCCAUUCCCAGAUUUACUCUUUUUUUGAAAGAGGUCCAAACCAAGCCAUUAAAAAAUCAUGUACAGACUGGUUACACAGCUGAAAACUGGCAAUCUUGGAAAAAGAAGGAAGGCCAAGUCUCUCCUGCUGAAGCCAUGCCUGUUGAAUCCAUCACCCAUAAUGCCUCUUCACCAGUGGUUCUGCUUCAGCAUUCCUCUACAACGCUUAGCUUUUCAGAGACACCAAUCUGA